AGUGAUUCAGUCUACAGCAACACCAAGAAAAUGUAUCAUGGGAAGGCAGCACUGAUAACAAAUGCAAGAAGCACCUGAGCUCAUACUGCCUCCGUCCAGCAACAGUACUUUAAUGGUUGGAACUGCCCGCCCCAACCUACAUUACUGCCCUCGCAGACACAGCCUGAUGAUCACCGGUGCCAUGGGAGCGGUGCGAGUCAACAGAUACAGCAUCGUUUCCACAGACGAAGAUGCCCUGAAGAUCUCCACCUUGGGCCUCCACAACGGCCACAGUCCUCUGACUCAGCAGACAUUGUCGGGGGCCUGUAUGCGGGCUGAAGAAGGAGGAGGAGGAGAGUGUCCAGGAGGUGAUCAGGGAAGAGGGGCUUUGUCUUUGAGAAUAACAAAUGAGCCCAUCAUCCAAACCAGCUGCCGCGCUUCACCUUCAUGUCGUCUGGGCCUGGAUCUGGGCACUGGCCGCCUGCGCAGUCGCUUUGUGAAGAAGAACGGCCAGUGCAACGUAGUGUUCAACAACAUGGAGGAUAAGCCACGGCGCUACCUGGCUGACAUUUUCACCACCUGCGUGGACAUACGCUGGCGCUACCUGCUGCUCAUUUUCACCACUACCUUCCUUCUGUCGUGGCUGCUGUUUGCUCUGAUCUUCUGGGGGACGGCACUUGCACACGGAGAUUUUAGCCUUCGCAUACCAAUGAAGGAAGGGGAUCUUCGAAACAACGUGGGAGACGGGAAAGACGAAUGGCGGCCAUGUAUCCUCCACAUCCAGGGUUUCAUCGGGGCCUUCCUCUUCUCAAUAGAGACCCAGACCACCAUUGGAUACGGUUUCCGGUGUGUCACCGAAGAGUGCCCAGUCGCUGUGAUUACUGUGGUGGUCCAGUCCAUCGUGGGCUGCAUUAUUGACUCCUUCAUGAUUGGCACCAUCAUGGCAAAGAUGGUGCGCCCCAAGAAGCGGGCGCAGACCUUGCUGUUCUCGCAUAAUGCCGUCAUCGCUCUGCGAGAUGGCAAGCUGUGCCUCAUGUGGCGCCUGGGCAACAUGCGCAAGAGCCACAUUGUCGAAGCCCAUGUUCGCGCUCAGCUCAUUAAGCCGCACGUAACGGCGGAGGGCGAGUACCUCCCUUUGGAGCAAAAAGACAUUGAUGUCGGCUAUGACGACGGGCUGGACCGGCUGUUUCUGGUGUCACCGCUGGUUGUGGUCCACGAGAUCAACAAGAACAGCCCUUUGUAUAACCUGAGCCGCAACGACCUGCUCAAGGAAGACUUUGAGAUCGUAGUCAUCCUGGAGGGGAUGGUGGAAGCCACAGCUAUGACCACUCAGGCCCGCAGCUCCUACUUGUCCAAGGAGAUCCUGUGGGGUUACCGCUUUGAGCCGGUGGUCUUUGAGAAGGGUGACCGCUACCAGGUGGACUACUCCCGCUUCCAUAAGUCCUACGAAGUGCCAUCUACGCCUCACUGCAGUGCCAGGGAACUAAACCAGAUGAUGGGUCGUGGCGGGCAGUCCUCGUCCUCCAGCUCGAGUUACUCACGGUCUCCAUCGCCAUUCGCCCAGAGGGCAGCCCGCCACCUCUUGGGCCCUCACUCCCCCAGCGCUUUCUGCUACGAGAACGAGGUGGCCUUGUGCUGUGGGGACGACGAGGACGAGGGGGAUGUGAAGGAGGACGCUGGGAGCCUGAAUAUAAGAAGUGACAGAGAGGUAAAGAUGGGGGAUGACAUUCACUUGGGAUUCAAAGAGACAUUUGUGGAGGCACAAACAGUAGAGAUGCUGUGCGUUCUGGACUCAGAGAAUCAGAUCAGCCUUGACAGACUACAGCCCACCCUACCUUUAUACAUCAGCAGAGAGUCAGGAGUUUAA